AUGGAUUUUGGACAGUGGGAUGAUAAGGAUUAUGGUAAAGCUGAAGGGAAGGAAAACAAUGAGAAGGCUAAGGAAGACAAGGGAAACAGUGAGUCUAGCGAGGAAAAGAAUGUAGUCUCGGGUGGAGAAAACAGUAAGGAUGGUGAGAAAGACAAGGGAAACAUGGAGGAUAAUAUGGAACAAGAUGACGAAGAGGAAGAGCAAGUUGUUGUGAAGAAAGGGACUGGAAGCAGUGAAGAAGAGAAGGAGAACGAGGCUGAUAAAACAGAGCUGGGAACUAGGGAAGAAGAUGAGGUAUCUGAAGAAGAUUACGAUACUGGGGAAGAGGCUGAGAAGAGGAGAGUAGAGGCUGAUGCGUUAUGGAGGAGUAUUCUUUCUGAAGAGGCUGAGUAUCUAGAGAAAGAGGCUGAGAAAGUUGCCAAGGGAACUCCUACACCACCACGUGGUAGACCGAAGAGAUUGGCCGCGAGAAAAAUAGGAGAAAUGGUGGAAGAAGAAAAAGCAAUAGAGGAGAGUCCCACCGAGAAAAAUGCUGGAGAAAUGGUGGAAGAAGAAAAAGCAAUAGAGGAGAGUCCCACCGAGAAAAAUGCUGGAGAAAUAGUGGAGGAAGAAGAAGUUGUGGAGGAGAGUCCCACCGAGAAAAAUGCUGAAGAAAUGGUAGAAGAAGAAGAAGCAAUAGAGGAGAGUCCCACCGAGAAAAAUGCUGGAGAAAUGGUGGAAGAAGAAAAAGCAAUAGAGGAGAGUCCCACCGAGGAAAAUGUUGAGAAAAUGGUGGAGGAAGAAGUUGUGGAAGAAGAAGCUAUGGAAGAAGAAGCUGUGGAAGCAGAGGAAGCUGCGGAAGAAGCAGAUAAAGUGGUUGAGAAAGAGGGUGAGACAGUUGUCGAGGAAGAGGGUGAUAAAUACACUGAUGAAGAAAAGCAAAUGUGGGCCUUGGUCGUUUACAAGGCUAGUGAGGAGAUGGCGGAUGGGACCAAUGAGGUGAGGAGAGAUGGAACCAAUGAGGUGAGGACAGGGUUCAAGCUUAGGUGCAAACAGAAGAUAAUGAUGUAUGGAAAACCAAUGAAGGUUACAGCUACGAAGAGGCACAUACCAAGUAACGAAUCAGCACCUGUGAUUGCACGUACGCCAAGGGAGAAGAGAAAACCUCAGUGGCUGCAGAGUCCCUACACGCAGGUGAAUACCGAAGACAUUGACGGGCCUAAGAAGAAGCGUAAAACAAAGGCUAAGUAG